GAGAACAUUCCAGAAUCUCAAAUCCAAUUUCCUAAUCAAGUAGUGAUGCUGGCAGAACAUUCCAUCCAGAAUCUCUCUCGGCAUCCCAGAAGUCUCUAGUCGCGCAUUUCAUUUCCUGUAAGCCCUUCUCCCUUCCUUCCCCAAUUCCACAUCGAUUCCUUUCUUCUCCUAAACCCUAACUCACAUGGCCGACGAAGCCAAAGCCAAGGGCAACGCAGCCUUCUCCUCCGGCGACUACGCCGCCGCCAUCCGCCACUUCUCCGACGCCAUCGCCUUGGCCCCCACCAACCACGUCCUCUACUCCAACCGAUUCGCCGCACACGCCUUCCUCCAAAACUACGCCGACGCCUUAGCCGACGCCAAGAAGACGUUUAGAGAAAUGAGCAAUAAAUAUUGACAACGUGGCGUUACGAGAAAGCAGAUAACACUUGAACACGUGUGCUCAUACUUACCACUACUCCAUGCUUCCACUUUCAGAAUGAAUAACUGAAGCUCCAAUUCGUUUCUCCUUCGUCGUUCCUUGGUUCAACUAGUCGUGUCUUGUUGCUCGUUACGAUAAUGGCAAUCAAUUCAUUGUCACCACUUUCAAUUAAUUCGCUUCUCGUAUCUUCAACCUCAACUUGCAAGAUUUCAAAGCCAUUUGCUGUUGUGUGCCGAAUGAACUCAAACAGAGAUCAGCGUGAAGAAUCCAGGAAAUGGGGAAAAGUGAUUUCGGCGACGUUGGCUGCGGCGGUUAUUGCCUUCAGCUCUGACAUGUCUGCCCUUGCUGAUCUCAACAAAUUCGAGGCUGAAAUGAGGGGUGAAUUUGGAAUUGGAUCUGCUGCACAAUAUGGUUCUGCAGACCUUAGGAAAGCGGUGCAUGUGAAUGAAAAUUUCAGAAGAGCCAAUUUCACAGCUGCUGAUAUGAGAGAAUCUGAUUUUAGCGGUUCAACUUUCAAUGGUGCAUACCUUGAGAAAGCUGUUGCAUACAAGGCAAACUUUUCAGGUGCUGAUUUAAGUGAUACAUUGAUGGAUCGCAUGGUUCUGAAUGAAGCCAAUCUCACUAAUGCCAUUCUCCUUAGAACAGUCCUCACACGGAGCGAUCUUGGGGGUGCCAUCAUCGAAGGUGCUGACUUUAGUGAUGCUGUGUUGGACCUUCCCCAAAAGCAGGCUUUAUGCAAGUAUGCUAGUGGCACGAAUCCAGUGACAGGAGUAAGCACAAGAGUAAGCUUAGGAUGUGGGAACAAACGACGAAAUGCUUAUGGCUCCCCAUCGUCUCCCCUUUUAAGUGCUCCACCUCAGAAACUGCUUGACCGAGACGGUUUCUGUGAUGAAGCAACAGGACUUUGUGAUGCAAAGUAGUUGCUUGGAGUAAUCUUGCUACAAGAUCAUAUCCGUGUAAAUAUACCAGAGACUACAAUUGAGGCCUUUGUUUGCCUUUAGGACUUCUGAGGAGUAUAUCCACAUUCAACAAAUGAUGCCAUUUCUUGAACCUAUUUUGUGCAGCCAUCUUCCUCCUAUGUAAAAUUUACUGGAUAUAAAAUUAUGCUUCGGGUUUUGGUCAUAAUUUCUCAUCCAUCUGACAUAUAAUUGUUAUGAACUUAGUAACUCCAGUUUCUUGUUUAAAUUUACCUUACAUGCAAACUCUCAUAUUAUCUAUUUA